AUGCUCGCUCGACGAGAUCAGGAGAAUUUGGUGCACUCGCACCAGAUGACCGCGGCCUCCAAGCCCUUGAAUCAAGGCGUCCGACCGCUACAACAGAAGACUCCCGGCAAUAGAGCUCCGAAGACGCCGUUUAAGGUCCCACUACACGACGAAAAUGAACCACUGGCGUUUGGAAAGAACACUGUGAAAGGCAAUGGGGGGGGACUGGGUGGAAAGGCUUUGCAGUCUGGCAAGGAAGCUUUCGUCACGCCACUUGGUCCUCGAAAUCGCGCCCCUCUGGGAGCGAAGACUACAAAUGCGAAAGCAGCAUUUAAGACUCCCGGUUUGCAGGCCGACUCUCUAAAGACACAGAAAACCAAGCACAGAGGCUCCAGCAUCAAGAAGCCAAAGAAAGCGGAAAUUGAGGUUCAUCAGGCCCAGCCACAGGCCCUUGACGCGUCUGACGUUGAUGAUGUUCCUGAUGUCGAAUAUGCGCCACCCAGACCGAAAGAACUACCUGAUUAUCCAGAGGAUAUUACCUACGACACCACAUUUCCCCAAUUCAAAGGAGCCAACAUGACUCGGGGCUGGCAGAAAAUCUACUACCAUGGUGAUAUUGGAGAAGACGGCCUCACUGAUCGUCAGCGCAAAUUCCAAGAGCAAAUGAUUGCUUCCGAGAAGAAGAUCGAUGAAAUUAUUCAGAAGCAGGUUGAUGACAUCGACUUGAAGGAGCUUUUUCUAGAGGACAAGUACGAACCUCUUCUUGAAGCUACCUCUAGCAAGGCAUGCAAAAAAGAACACGCUCGCAGUUCCUCGGCUAUGUUACCAACACGAGCGAGUACUCUAAAGGCGCGCAAUGCUGCGGCUGCUCUUUCUCGACCUGGAUCCUCGGCAACAGUUCGCAGCGACACUGUCAGAUCUUCUUCCGCAGCAGUUAAAGCCAGAAAGACUCCUGCUCCUCGGGCCAAUAUGUCGAAUGCACGACAUGCUGUCGCUACAGCUAGCUCGCGUACUACCGUGGGCUACUCCAGAGGCCGAUCAGUAUCGUCUGCUCUUCCGAACAAGCCAACGGCAGCCGGAAAGAAMCCCUCCCAGCCGAAAGCAAUCGUGAGCCCGGAAACGUACGUGCAACUCUACGGCGCCCCUCCGGUGGGCAGUGAGAUGUGGGCGCGCUGCGAAGAAGCAGGUUGUCUCCCUGAGGAAGAGGUCGUCCCUAUUUCCGACGAAGAGAUUGGUCUUCCCCUUUUCGAAGAGGAUGCAGAGAGCCUGAACUUCCAGCUCACCUUGUAA